CAGACCAUCGUAUAAAGUUCAUCUAUUAGGGCAAGAAGAACAAAAAAAAAUCAAUCCGUUACUGAAAGAAACUAUAUAUUGUGUGGGAACUUUUUGAGAGAAAGGGACUUUUGGCUUGAUGAGAAUUUUCUGUUUGACUCUUUAAGUGUGUAACUCCUGUGUGUGUUGUUAUUUUGUGUCACUGCGAGAGAGAAGAGCGGAGGAAGUCGUUAAUAUUUCACCGUAGGAAAAGCCGCGGAGGCAACAGAAGGAGGAGUGACCAAUUUGGGGGUGGCAAUUGGGCAAAAGGCGACGUACACCCAGCUAAAGAACUGAACAUCGAUUUUCAUUCGAGCGGCUUAAUUUUAUUUUAGACCCCGAAUGUGAGAUUCACGAGUGCAGCUCAACUGGAACGGUUUCUCAUUGAAAACUUUCAUUAAAUUCCCGGAAGGAGAAUUGCAUAAACUUUCCACUCUUCACACAGACCAAAAGUAAAUUACCCGGAAAAUUGGGAAAGUCUUCGAUUGAGCAAGUGAAGCUGCGAAGCAGUGAAUUUACACAGAUAUAUUCAUUCAGAAUAUUUCCGCAGAGCGACUUAGUUGGAAAGUCAAUUCUGAGUGUGCAAUUUUACAGAAGACAAUGAAGUUUCUGCAAGAUUUAUGACUAGGGCGCAACCUUGUCACCGAUAGAUUUUAGGCAGGUGUCUCCGGGGGUGUCACCGAGCAAUUGCGUCUGUGGUUUUUUUGGGUGUCGGUGCGCGAGAGCACAAGGACGGAUCCUUGCACAAGGAACGGAGCUGGAACCAACGCUGGAGCUCACAGGAAGAUGUCACAGUAUGGACUUGCCAUGUGAAAGAGUGCUGUUCAAAACGGAUUUACUGGUGCCCGAGGUCCAUGGCGCACCGCGGCGGAAGCACCGCCGGCGCCGGCUAGGCCGCAAAGCACCAUGCGAGGCGGCCCUGACGUCGGCCGAUGUGGCGCACGCCAUCGCCACGAAGCUAUCGCAGUUGAUGAACUUCAGCAUCGCGAGGGCCUCCUACACCAGCAGCCACUGCCUCGUGCGGCACUCUCUGUGCCUCUACGCGGCGUCCAGCUUCAUCCUCGCCCUGUGCUACCUAGCCACCCCGACAGCCGCCUCAGACACCGCACACCCCAUAUUCGCCGAGGGGAAGUCUGAUAAGGAAAUUCUGGAUCAUCUUCUCAAGAACUCGAGAUACGAUAAGAGACUUUUACCGCCGGUAGACGAUGCAGAUUUCUGUUGCGGUAUGGAAUCGCCGGAAAUGGCAAAAAACUUAUCGAUUCGAGCAACACCUGGACGUGUACAGAAUCGUGGAACCUUGACAGUUAACGUUAGCGUCCUAUUACUAAGUUUAGCAUCACCCGAUGAAUCUAGUUUGAAAUACGAAGUUGAAUUUUUACUGCAGCAACAGUGGUACGAUCCACGCUUGAGGUAUGCCAAUCAAUCCCAAUACGAAUAUUUAAAUGCGAUUCAUCACCAUGAAGAUAUAUGGCUGCCAGAUACUUAUUUCAUAAUGCAUGGUGACUUUAAGGAUCCAAUUAUUCCUAUGCACUUUGCAUUGCGCAUCUAUCGAAAUGGGACAAUCAACUACUUAAUGAGGCGCCAUUUGAUCUUAUCGUGCCAGGGACGGCUGAAUAUAUUUCCAUUUGACGAUCCUUUAUGUUCGUUUGCGCUCGAAAGUAUAUCAUACGAGCAAUCAGCCAUAACGUACGUGUGGAAGAACGAUGAGGAUACACUACGCAAAAGUCCAUCGUUAACGACCCUCAAUGCGUACCUUAUUCAAAAUCAAACGAUAGCGUGUCCCAUUAAAGCCAGCUGGAGAGGGAACUAUAGCUGCCUCAAGGUGGAUCUAAUAUUCACAAGGGAUCGUGCAUUUUACUUUACCACGGUUUUUAUACCGGGCAUUAUACUCGUUACUUCUUCAUUCAUUAAUUUCUGGCUGGAAUGGAACGCUGUGCCAGCUCGAGUCAUGAUUGGUGUGACAACAAUGUUGAAUUUUUUCACAACAUCCAAUGGUUUCCGGAGCACGUUGCCGGUGGUGUCCAAUUUGACAGCGAUGAACGUGUGGGAUGGGGUGUGCAUGUGCUUCAUCUAUGCAUCCCUGCUGGAAUUUGUCUGUGUUAAUUACGUGGGACGGAAGCGUCCACUCCACAAUGUUGUCUAUCGACCAGGCGAGAAUCCUGUUACACAGCGACUUCCAGCUGUCCUUAGCAGGAUUGGAAUUAUUCUCGCAAGUCCCUUGGAAGUGAUCGAAUCGGAAUUUAUGGCUGCCAUAAGUGCGGAGAAGCCACCGGAGGCGCCAGGGAAGGAGGGGCCGGCGCCCAAGAAAGCGCCGCAGGACGAGGAGGAGGAGGAUGUGGAAAUGGGUGGCGGCGAUUCACCCGUGAAGCCACCUCGGCGGAAAAUCUCACGCACAGUCCCAUACGAAACCACGAUUAAUGGCCACUGCGACGAUGAGGAGCCCGGUGAGAAGAAGCGCGAGUCCGGAGGUCCUAAUGAGAUCGUCGCGUGCACGAGUUGCGGAGGUGGAACGAGUCCUUGCACACAUUCAGCAAACAACGGCUGUGCAACAGAGACGUGCUUCGUCCAAGUGCGGAAAAAAGAACCACCCCACCCAAUAAGGGUGGCCAAGACAAUUGACGUCAUCGCUAGGAUCACAUUUCCAACUGCAUACGCCAUCUUUCUCAUAUUCUUCUUCAUACACUACAAGGGAUUCUCCUAGAAAUGGCUCAACAUCGCAUUAUCAUUCAACAUGGACGAGUCAGCUGCAAUUACUCCACUUCAGUUGUAUAUCCUGGUUAUGUGAAGUGUGGAGAAGGAAGUCUACAAAUAGAGUUAAAAAUUUAAACUAUAAAAUAUCGAUCUUCUGGGCGGAAAAGGGGAUGAUUUCGAGAAAAAUCAACUUAGGUGCUUCAUGUCUGUAUUUAGAGAGGAAGAAAAGAGGGAGUAAGAAAAGAGUGAAAACCACGCAAGAUGAAUUUAAAACAAGAAAAAAAAACUACCAAUUAUAGAAGUAUAAGAUAUCACACAUGGAAUACCAAAGCUACAAACAAAAAUUAUACCAAAUAUUGCAAAAAUUGACACGGCAUUUUCUUUAAGAAAAAUAACAGCAACAACAAAAAAAACCUACAAGAACAAAAAUGAAGAAAAUAUACUGCCUUUCUUUAAUGCAAGUCAAGGAUGUUAUUACAUUGUAUCGUAUAAAAUAUGCAUUAGAAUGCAAAACACAUUCGCAAUUAUAAAAUCCAUACUUUAUGUAUCGAGGUGAAAAUGAAUAAUAUAUAAUUAUGAGUAAAUUUAAUUGCCACGGCAAAUUUGAAGCUUCGUGUGCUUUUCUUAAGCCCACCCUCUUAACGGAAACAUGGCUACAUUAUAUAGCAUCGCGAAGGAGAUUGCCUGAUGGGAUGCGAGGAAACAAAUGGAGACAAAGCUAUAUCAAUGCACAUGACUUACAGAUAUAUUGGUGAAAACAUAACAUGUGGGAAUCCUGAGAAUACUCACUGCGACGAUUUUUGCAUAAGGAAUAACUUUAAAUUUAAAAUACAAUAAUUCAAAUAGAUUUUUUUUCAAAAAAAAAUCAAAGAGAGUCACAGUAACGAAAACAACAAGGAUAUUCCCCAAGAAAAAAUAGUAAAAGAAACCUAAUUUAUUAGAGCAAUAAAUAAGACUAUUUUGUAAAAUAAGGGGUAAAAAAAAAACACUCAGAAAAAUAUACCAAAAAAUUCACACAUUUUUAUCGAGUGAAAAUAUUAAGAUAUUGUAAAAUAUACCUAUAAUUAAAAGAAAAAUGCAUAGAAAGAGCUAUUUAUGUAUCUCAUACUUUGUAUGUUUAUUUAUGUUUCUCUUUACGACCACCCAAAAAGUAAUGAAAAAAAAGGAUAAGAAAUGGGAGGAAUUUUCACUGCUAUUUCUCACCUAUCUUUUGUAAAUAUUAAAAGUAUGCUAUACAUAAAAAAAAUAUAUUUUAUACAUAGGAAAUAUUCUAAAUACAGACAAGGAAAAUUGUAAUUUUUCAUUGCACGUGCUUUUUCCAAAAAACAAAACCGAGAAAGGAACAGACGAGUGCGAAAUAUUAAGCAAAUGGGAUUAUAUUGUGAGAAAUCAUGCUCAGAAUUUCCUCCAAAGAAGAGCCACUUGUGUGUUAUUCUGUAUGAAAUAUUUCUCAGAAAGAAUGAAAAAAAGAAAGAAACGAGAAAGAUAUUUUAGGAAGAAAAAAUUGGACCAAAUUAUAAAUCACUUUUACGCUAAAACUUAUAUUAUAAAAAGAAGUAAAGAAGAAAAAACUGCGAACAAUGAAGAGAAUAGAACUAUUUUAGUAGUGAAAACUUGUGAAAAACGGAUUUCUUACACAGAUGACUACUUAAGACAUUUUUGACAACAGCGCUUAUCUUGUGAUUUUUGUGCCCAAUAUUUUCAUUGACAUAUCAAUUUGCUGUGGAAUAUUUGGUAAUUAUUUUCUUAAGGACGAGAAAAAAGUGUCGAAGAUGACAAAUUGCUAAUGCGAACGGUUCUUUUCCCAGCGAUUUCUAACACAUUAAAACACGCCUUCAUCGACAGCGGAUUGGAAAGAAAGUAAAAGAGAAAAAAAAUGAAGAAGAAAAUCACACCAAAAGUGCACUAGUUGGUAAAAAUCAUUGCCUUAAAAUGUCAUAUUUUUCCUUCUUAAUCAUUAUCUUCCGAGACCAUUUGCAAUACAGCGAGAAUGACGGUGAAUAUUUCACAGCAAAUAACUUUUGAUGGACGACGAGAUGAAGAUGUAAAUUUUUUCGAAAAAAAACCACUCUUUGAUAAGACAUAAUUUUGGAUGCGACGAAAGACUCUUCAGUUCUGAGACAAAAUCAUUUCUUUCUCCUUUCGUUAUGCUUUCCUUCCUUUUCACCCCACCAGAGGGAGCAAAAAGCGUCUCGGAAUUGAACAGACUUUCUAAGUAAUUUAGCUAUCUUUCUCAAAUUUCAAUAAUGAAAUCUACUUAAAACCAAAGUUUUUAAUAACUUUGACAACUAUUUUUUUCGUUCACAUUUGCCAGAGCUAUAAAACUUACUAAAAAGAAAAGAAAACAUGUAUAAAAAUCUCGUAAUAGUUGUGCGUAGUAAAACUACAAUUCAUACCAUUAUAGAUAGACCAUAUCUUAAAGUAAAUAAUAAAGAAACAUUGCAUAGCGUAAGAAAAUCUAUUUCUCUACUUAAACUAUUUCUUUCUCAGCAUACUUGAAGAUACAAAACUGUUAAAAAUGUUUGUUUUCAACAUAUCGUUUGUGUUUCAAUCAGCGAUUUUGUCUUGAUCUCUUCUCAUAACUUUCCAAUACACUUUUUCUUUCGUCAAAUUGCAAUCUCUUAGUUUCUCUGAUUGUUUUCCACACACAUUCACACACCUUUUGUAGUUUUCAAAAUUUCUGUACAAAGAAAAAAUACCUUUAAAUUUAAAAUAAUACUUUUUAGAGAAAUUACACCAAGAGAAAAGAGUAUAAAUGUAAACAUAAAUAAAAAAAAACAGCUCAGCUAAUAAUGUGAUUAUAAAAACUAUUAUGAGAAGAAGUGACAUACGAUAGAAUGUGCAACAGUUACAUUGCAAAUUUGCCAAAGAAAAAAAAUAUAUGAGAAAAAAUGGUGAAAAAAAGGAGAGUAUAAAAUGAGAAAAUGUUCGAACAAUAUGGGUAUAAUUAAGGGGAAAAAAUCGUACAUGCAUAGUAGAUAAAGAGAGAAAUAUGAAAAUAAAGAAAAAUGUGCAAAACAUUUUUUCACAUUAACUAUCGUUGCUACCGUUAUAGAUAAAGAUUUCUAGGUGAAUAGAGACCCUGGUUAUGUUAUUAAUUCAUCCUCGUUAUACUUUGCCAAUUAACUCUUCACAGGCUCAAAAAAGACAAAAAGAAAAGGAAGCAAAUUGUAAUGCAUAUAUUUCAGAAGCCACCCCAAAAAGGAGGAGAAGUAAGAAUAAUUAUUGAAUGAAAAAUAUAUCACAAUCCAUGGAGAGAAAACCUUAUACUAUUAGAUCGAUAUCUUAGUUGAUAAGUAGAUAAAAGUAUUCACGCAAUGCAGCCAAUUAGAGUGUGUAAGAGUGUAGAAUUGAGAGAUACAAGAAUAUGAAGAGAAUAUAAAUCACGAAUUGGGAAACUGUUGUAAAUACUAGAAUCACAAAUUUUACACAUUUACUAUACUGGACAUGGUAAAUAGAGUGUAGAUAAUUUAAAAAGAAAGAAGAAGAUGGAAAACGAAUUCAAAAUUAAGAGAGAUUAUCUUAGGACAAUGUUAAGAGAUUGACAUGAUGGAAAAUGGAGGAAAUUACUCAAGGAUGGACUGAAAAUAUAAGUAAAAAAAAAGAAGAAAAUUGUAGAGUUGAUCAUUUUAUGAGAUUAAUGCAGACCAGAGUCUAUUUAGAUUUGAAAUAAAAA